AUGGAAGAACCCAUCGCCAUCGUCGGCCUGAGCGCCAGGCUGCCCGGCGACGGAGACACCCCCGAGCGCUUCUUUGAGUCUCUGCUGGCCGGGAGAUCUGCCCGGACGGAAGUCCCACAGGAUAGAUACAACGCAGACGCCUUUUGGCAUCCGGACGCCGACAGGAGCGGUGCUACACGAGUUCGCCAUGGGCACUUUUUAAAAGGCAGCAUUUCGGCGUUUGACGCCCCCUUUUUCUCCAUCACGCCCACGGAGGCACGGAGUAUCGAUCCGCAGCAGCGAGGGAUGCUGGAGAGCGUGUACAAGGCACUCGAAAAUGCCGGCAUUCCCCUCGAUACUGUUGCAGGGUCUCGGACCGGCGUGUACGUCGGCUGCUUCACGGCGGACUACAACGACCACAUCGCCAAGGACCUCGAUAUCCCGAACAAGUACUCGGCGCUCGGCACGGUCGCGAGCAUGCUCAGCAACAGGGUCUCGUGGUUCUUUGACUUCCGGGGCCCGAGUGUGACUGUCGACACGGCGUGUUCGAGCAGUCUAGUGGCAGUGCAUGAAGCUUGCAUGAGCCUAAAGCUCCGCGAGAUAUCCAUGGCCGUCGUGGGCGGGUGCAACCUUAUCCUGACCCCGGAGAUGACUCUCAAGCUCGACGCGGCGGGCGUGCUCGGCCCGGACGGCCGGUCGUACAGCUUCGACCACCGGGCCAACGGGUACGGCCGCGGCGAGGGGUUCGGCGCCGUCGUGCUCAAGCGGGUAUCGGACGCCAUCCGGGACGGGGACGUCAUCCGGGCCGUCAUCCGGAACUCGUCAACCAACCAGGACGGCCGUUCGCCCGGCAUCACGCAGCCGACGAGGGCCGGCCAGGCGGCGCUCAUCCGGCACGUCUACGACCGGGCGAACCUGGACCCGGCGCUUACGCGGUUCGCCGAGGCCCACGGCACGGGGACCCCCGUGGGCGACCCGAUCGAGGCGGGCGCGCUGGCCGACGUCUUCGCGCCGCACCGGUCCCCCGACGAGCCGCUGUACGUCGGCGCGCUGAAGAGCAACGUCGGCCACCUCGAGGGCGCGGCGGGCGUGGCGGCCGUCAUCAAGGGCGUGCUGACGCUCGAGAGCGGCGUCAUCCCCGGCAACAUGGGCUUCGAGAGGCGCAACCCCGAGAUCCGGGACGCCUGGAACCUGGCGUUCCCGACGGCGCCGACCGUCUGGCCGCAGCGCGGGCUGAGGCGCAUGUCGGUCAACUCGUUCGGCGUUGGCGGGAGCAACGCCCACGUCGUCAUGGACGACGCGCUUCACUUCCUGAAGCGCCACCGGCUUGUCGGCAACCACCGGACGGAGGCGGUCCCCAACAUCGCCCGACACCUGAGCGCCCCGUUGACGAAUGGGAGCCGUGCAGAUGACGCCAACGCAUCGUCCCACCGCCCGUCAGACAGCGGCAUAGACCUCAGCGGAAGCGAAAGCGAAGACCUCCCACGCCUCUGCGUCCUCUCGACGCACGACCCGGACGCCUCGUAUCGUCUCCGGAAGUCGUACAAGGCGUACCUGGCAGCCAAGUUAUCACAGGGCGUCAUGGGCGAAGCAGCGCAACUGCGCCUCUUGAGGGAUCUCAGCUACACGCUGGGCUCGAGGCGGACUCAUCACUCGUGGAGAACAGCGUGCAUCGCCAACUCGCCGAGACAACUGCAGAAAGCGCUGGAAGAGGGACCGGCACCGGUCAGGGCGAAACCAAAGCCUUGUCUGGCCUUCAUCUUCACCGGGCAAGGGGCGCAAUGGGCGGCCAUGGGCAUAGAAUUGUUGGCGUACCGGGCCUUCCAGGAGAGCCUCUUCGCUGCCGAUAGAUACCUCAAUGACCUAGGCUGCAGGUGGUCGUUAACGUUCGAGCUGUCCAGACCAAAAUCGUCCUCUCGGAUAGACGACCCGGAGUUCUGUCAGCCUAUUUGCACGGCGUUGCAGGUUGCUCUGGUCGACCUCCUCACCACCUGGGGCGUCUUCCCUCAUGCCAUCGCCGGCCACUCCUCUGGUGAGGUCGCUGCGGCGUAUGCUGCCGGAGCAAUCUCUCGAGAGGCCGCGUGGAAGGUCGCCUACCACCGCGGGCGGCUGAGCGCCAAGUUGGCCCGCUCCGAAUCGCGGCCCAAGACAGGCAUGGCCGCCGUCGGCUUGGACAAGGCGAGCACCGAGGCGGCCAUCGACCGCGUCAACCGGCUCGGCGGCGACGGCACGCUGGAGAUCGCCUGCAUGAACAGUGCCGACAGCCAAACCGUCAGCGGCGACGCCCAGAAGAUCCGUCGCCUCGUCGAGAUGCUCGGCGAGGAGAAGGUCUUUGCGAGGAGGCUUAACGUCGACGUGGCGUACCACUCGCAGUACAUGAGGGCCGUGGCCGAAGAGUAUCUCCAGGCGAUGGGCGGCGACCUUGAGAAAGGCGCGCUCAAGAGCCCGUUCGAGCCGCGGUUCUACUCGUCGACGACGGGUGCUGCGAUAGCGCUGUCGCAGCUCCGACGACCGGACUACUGGGUCAAGAACUUGGUGUCGCCUGUGCGGUUCACCGAGUCGGUAAUGGAGAUGCUCAAAGGCUCUCCUGUGCCCAAGUUCAACGGACACGUCAACGGAGACGUCAGACAAGAGGCUGUCAUAGAGCCCAUCACCGACUUCCUGGAGAUCGGCCCUCAUAGCGCUUUGAGAGGGCCGCUAUCCAGCACCGUGAAGCAAGUCCGCGGCAGCUCGGCGGUCGACUAUCACUCGGUCCUCCAUCGCCAGAAGCCGGCCGUGGGAACCAUCCUCGAGGCCAUCGGCACCCUCUUCUGCCACGGACACGGCUUCAACCUCGCCCGGGUCAACGAAGCGGACGAGCCUCACGGGCCCCGGCCUCUCAUGCUGACGAACCUGCCGUCGUACCCGUUCGACCACUCCAAGGAGUACUGGGUCGAGAGCACGUUGAGCAGCGGCUUCCGGAAGAGAUCCGCGGGUCGGCACGAGCUCCUCGGGGCCCCAGUCCCCGGCGGCUUCAACGCGGACAACGCGGCGUGGCACAACUACAUCCGGCUGACGGAGAGCCCGUGGAUCGAGGACCACAAGGUCUCGGGGGACGUGCUGUACCCGGCGGCCGGCAUGCUCGUCAUGGCCAUCGAGGCGAGCCGGCAGGUCGCCGACAGGACCAAGGCUCUGAGGGGGUUCAGGUUCCGAGACGUCUCUUUCAAGCUCGCGCUGCGCGUGCCUGACGAUGCGAGCGGCGUCGAGUCGCAGUUCUACCUGCGCCGGUACCGGGAUUCAAGUCUGUCGGACGACGGGCCCUCGUCGUGGCAUGAGUUCCAGCUCUGGACUUUGCAGGACGACAAGUGGAGGGAACACUGCCACGGGUUCGUGCAGACAGAGUACGAAGCCGAGGACCGUCCCGUUCGUUCGAACAUGAUAGAGGACGACGUCGUGACGGGUGACAACCUCCUCGGCUGCGCAACUGAAGUAUCUGUAGAGAGACUGUACCGCAACCUGUCGGACUCGGGGCUGGAGUUUGGCCCGACUUUCCAGACCCUGAGCAACGUGCGUGUCGGGGAACAUCUCGACAUGACCGCCACGGUCGACUCGCCCGGUGAAAGGGUUAAGCAGACGAUGCCGUAUCAGUACCUCCAACCGCAUCUAGUGCACCCGGCCACUCUCGAUGCCGUCGUCCACGCCAACCUCGUGCCUGUGGUUUCUGGUAAUAAAGAUGCCAAGUCCACCAGAGUCCCGACUUACCUGUCUGACGGAUGGAUCUCGGCGCGGCACGAUCUGUCUCACGACUCCUACGCCGUGUCUGCAGAGUCCAAGAUGCUCGGCCGGAACGAAGUCUCCGCCGAAGUCACGGCUACGCAUCUCCAGCAGGGUCACAGAAUCAUGGUUCACAUGUCGGGACUUGUUUUCAAGACAAUUUCUGACGGUCCAUCCAAGGAUGCCAGGGACGACACGUCUGCACACCCGGCUUUCAACAUUGCAUGGAAGCCUGACCCUCUCUUCCUCGACAGAGAACAGGCUGCGAAGCUGUUCGAGCUGCCCAUGACGCAGGAAGACGACCCAGCCCGGUGGAUGAAGGACUCCGAGGCCCUCUGUCUCGCCUACAUCCGCCGCCUCGUCCAGGACGUAGCCCAGGACACCAUCGACAAGAUGGCCCGGCAUCACCAGCGAUACUUCGCCUGGUUCCAGCACGUCGUGCGUCAAUCCUCCAACGAGCCCCCCAGCAGCGACGACAUCAACGAACUGGAAGCCAGGGUCAUCGCCUCGGGCGCGCCGGAGGGGAAACUCAUCGUCGCCGUCGGCAACGCCCUGGCCGACAUCCUCGCCGGGGACCGCGACCCUCUGGACGUCAUCUUUGGCGAAAAGCUGGCCGAGGACGUCUACAGCAACGGGCUCGGUUCGCGGCGCUGCUACGCGCAGCUCAGCCGCUACCUCGACGCCCUCGCCCACGCGAACCCGGCCAUGUCGGUCCUCGAGAUCGGGGCCGGCACCGGCGGCGCCACACGGCCCGUCAUGGCGACGCUGACGCAGGGCGGCGGACGCCGGUACAAGCACUACGACUUCACCGACAUCUCGCCCUCCUUCUUCGAGCAGGCUAAGGAGAACUUCCGGGGCGAGCUGGCGCACAUGGGCUUCCGCGUGCUCAACGUCGAGAAGGACCCGCUGGCGCAGGGGUUCGAGGCCGGGCGGUACGACGUCGUCGUCGCGGCCAACGUGCUGCACGCGACGCGGGCGAUGGACCAGACGCUGCGCAACGCGAGGACGCUGCUGAAGCCCGGCGGCCGGCUGCUGCUGUUCGAGAUCACCAACACCGAGGUGCUACUCGGCAGCUUCUGCUUCGGCGUGCUGCCCGGGUGGUGGCUGUCGGAGGACGAGGACCGGGUCUGGGGCCCGCUGAUGUCGCCGGCCUCGUGGCAUCGCCACCUGGUGAGCGCCGGGUUCAGCGGCGUCGACGCCGUCUUUGACGACUUCCCCUCGUCGCCGCACCAGAUGAGCUCGAUCCUCGUGUCCACCGUCCCUGGUCGGCCGGAACAGGCACCGCUGGCCGAGAUAUCGACGAUGACGACGACGUCGACCUUCGUCUUGGCGAGCGAGACACCUGCUCAACGCAAGCUCGCCGAGACUAUCUCGCAGAGCAUCAUCGGCCGACAGGGGCCAUGCGACAUCACGACGGUCUCGGCCGUCGCCAGCCGGGACAUGACCGGCUCUACAUGCAUCGUCGUGUCCGAGUGCGAGAAGCCCGUCUUGAGGGACAUGACGGAGCAAGUGUUUGAGGGCGUCAAGCGGGUGCUCACCCAAAGCAAAGUCGUUCUUUGGGUCACCCGAGGCGGAACGGCUGCCGCGCCGGACCCGGACUCGGAGAUGGUCACCGGCCUCGCGCGGGUCGUUCGAUCGGAGCGGCCCGACGCCAAGAUCCUCACCGCGUCCUUCGAGGCGGCCGCGGCAGAAGAUGUAAUCGUCGAGAAGUGUGCCCAGAUACUCCGGGCAGCGCAAGACCACACGUCGGACAACUCGUUCAGGGUCGUCGACGGCGUCAUCAACGUGCCCCGGCUCGUGCCAGCGGAGUAUCUGACGGAACACGUCGAAGCUCAGACGGGGCCCUUGAGAGUCGUGGAUAGGCACCUGAUCAACGACGACAACGACGACAACGAAGACAACUCACGCUCUCUUGCUUUGCAGAUUGGUAGUCCUGGACAACUAGACUCCUUCAGAUUCGAAGACGACGACAACUACAAGACGCCGUUGGGAGACCACGACGUCGAGUUCAAGCCGAUGGCCUGCGGACUCUCCGUCGACGAUGACCUGUCCUCAGCUCUAGGGACCUCAGACAAGUCCACGCUAGGCUUCGAAGCGUCCGGCAUCGUCACAAGAGCCGGAUCGUCCUCCAGAUUCCAGGCCGGCGACCGAGUCUUCGGUCUCUCCGUCUCGGGUGCCGUCAAGAUGCGCGUGCGGUCCAGUGACGGCCUCCUUGCCAAACUGCCGGACGGCGUGGCUUGGGCCCACGGCGCUGCCCUGCCGGUGGACUACACGACGGCCUACGCGGUCCUUUGCGAGUUCGGAUCGCUGCAACGAGGUGAUACCGUUCUGGUGCAUGGGGCCGCGUCCACCCUUGUACGGGCCUUGAUCCAGGUUGCCCAACUCCAAGGCGCCGAGGUCUACGCGACGACUGUCGACGACGACCAGGCGGAACGCGACGUCUUCGUCGACGCCUGUGGCAUCUCACGAGACCAUCUCUUGAGCACCCGCGACGGACCACUGAAGCCGUCUCUCCAGAAGCUGACCAAGGGCCGCGGCAUCAACGUCCUCGUCAACUCGGCCGGCGCGGACGCGUCUCUCGACAGCGCAGCGGGCUGCGUGGCGCCGUUCGGGCGCAUCGUCAGCAUCGGCUCCGACGUUCCCCUUUCAAGCGCGAGUCUCGUCCGGGGCCGCAACGUGCGCCUCGAGUCCUUCGGCCUCGCCGCCUGCGCAUCCCACGACCUCGCCCGCACCGGGGCCCUGUUCCAGCGCAUGGUGGACCUCGUCUUUGCGAACUGGAGCAGCGUCGGCCGGCCGGUCCCCGUCUCCGUCUACCCCUUCUCCCGAGUCCGAGAUGCGUUCCGUCAGCUGCAAGCGGAAGGGCAUAAGUCCAAGGUCGUUCUCGCGCCUCACGACCACGACGUGGUGCCGGUCUUGUCCGUCCGAAAGGCAAUAAGUGUGUUUGACCCCGAGGCGUCGUAUGUCGUUGCGGGCGGUCUAGGCGGGCUUGGGCGGUCAGUUGCGCGUUGGAUGGCUUCCCGGGGUGCCCGGAACCUCAUCUUGCUCUCGCGGCGUGGAGCAGUGGAGAAGCCUGCGAUCGAUCUCGUCCGCGAACUCGAGUCGUUGGGCGUCAACGUGGUCACGCCGGCGUGCGACGUGACGGAUGAGAAGGCUCUGCGGCAUGCCAUGACGGAGCUCGCGGCCACACUGCCGCCCAUCAAGGGCUGUAUCCAAGGAUCCAUGGUCCUCCGGGAUAACAUCGUCGAAAACAUGUCGGUCGACGAGUGGAAAGCGGCCACCCUCCCCAAGGUAGACGGUUCGCGGAACCUGUGCAGCCUCCUCGCCGACACGGUCGACUUCGUCGUCUUCCUCUCGUCCUUCGUGGGCCUCAUUGGCAACCCCGAGCAGGCCAACUACGCCGCGGGCGGCGCGUUCCAGGACGCCCUGGCGCGCCAGCUGAGGGCGCGGGGCGUCAACGCCGUCUCGGUCGACCUGCCCAUCGUCGAGGGCGUCGGCUACGUCGCCGAGAAGCCGGGGCUCUGGGACCACCUCCGGUCCGCCGGGUGGACGCACAUCUCCGAGGCCGAGCUCCACGCCGUCCUGGACUACCACUGCCGUCCCGUGGCGGCGGAGUACGGUCACGGGCCGCCCACGGCGGACGUCGCGAGGGCGCAGGUCAUCCCGCGGCUCUGGCUGCCGCGGGAGACGGCCGUCGUCGAGGGCCACCAGACGCCGUCGUGGGGCGGGGAUCCCCUCUUCAGCCACCUCCGGCUGAGGGCAACGGGAGAGGAAGGGAAGACGGCCGACGAGGCGGCAGCGGCGGCGGCGGCGGCGACGGGCAAGACAACGAUCAACCACAGGGCGCUGCUCCAGGGCACGUCGUCGCGGGAGGAGGUCGAGGGGGUCGUGCUGGAGGCGCUGCUCCUCAAGAUUGCGCGGAUGCUCAGCGUGGGGGUGGCGAACCUCGAGACGUCGAGGCCGCUGCACGCGUACGGCAUCGACUCGCUCACGGCGGUCGAGCUGCGGUCGUGGCUCGCCAAGGAGCUCGGCGCCGAGGUGUCCGUCUUUGACAUCACCAACAACUCGAGCAUUGCGCAGCUGGCGGUGGUGGCCGCGAAGAAGAGCAGCCUGGCGCCGAGGUUUGAUGGAGGUCAGUGA